UUACUAUAAUAUGGUCAAGUUUCCUGAUCCACUUUCAAACUUUUUCAGACACAAUUUUCAUGUGUCUAAAAUUUAGUAGCAAGGGAACACAAAGAUUUAUUGACAAUAGUCAUGGGAGACUAUUUCUGUAUUGAGUAUGCAUGGGUUUUGGAGUUAUGGUUGUCUUGCUUCAUAUUCCAAACAUGUUCGUGCAAACUAUAAAUUUCUUUUAAGCUCAAUAAAUUGCUGCCUAAAAGUUUCUUUCCUGAUAAUCUCAAUGACUUUAUUUCAGAAUUCUGUGAAUGCACGCUAUCAAACAAUUCCAUACCCUUGGUUGGUGUUCGGUGAAAAGGUGAAGGUCAAUACUGUCUUCAUACGCGAUUCUACUGGAGUAUCUGAUUCAAUUUUAAUCCUUUUUGGGGGUAAUCUUGGCAAUGGUGCUACGGCUGGGCAUUUGAAAAUGUUGGAUGGUUAUCUAGAAUUCUUCAUGGAUCCCAGUUUGGCCGAGUGUUACAUGAACCUCAAAGAGCAGCUUGAUGAGCUUGUGCAAAAGAAGGUAUUGCUAAGAAUCAAGAAAUGCUUUUCCUUUCCUAAAUAUCUGAUUAUGAUGUUUUACUUUGCUAUGAGAUCCCAUUCUUCGUGAGGUUCUCAGCUACGAGAAA